AUGACUACCGUACAGUCAGUAGGAGCCUUAAAAGGCAUGGAAGCUUUACAAAACGAAUGCACCUUGAGUAUGCAUGGAAUGUCUCAAGCAAUAGGCUCAUUAAGUGAAUCUAUUAUUUCUGGCGCUAUUUUUUCUUCGAAGCCUAAAUUCUACUUCGACUAUAGUUGUACCGGACUUAAUGAUUUAGAAGCACAUCUAAGAAAAACACCUAUUGCAAUCCUAGGUCCUGCAGAAAAACAGUUCCUUGAUGAUAGUGGUUUUUUGGCUUAUCUUGGCUUUUGGUCUGUUUUGUCCUACUGCGUUGGAAAAAAAAUCAGUUUAAAAAAUAAGCACCCAGCUAUUGAGUUCAUCAAAAGCAAUUUGGAAGCACGACACAUGCGUGAUUUUGUAACAACUCCUGCUAUUUCGUACGCCUACCGUCAAUACUACACGAACUUUACAAAUAUGUUGACUUAUCAAAAGUACAUGCAGGAUUUAAAAGUUGUAGUAACUCUGAUUAUUAGUGCUAAUCUUUGCAAACAAA